AAGUCAAAAAAAAAAAAACCAAAAGGAAGAAAAAAUAUCAAAUUGGAAAGAAAAAAAAAGAAAAUCGCAAAAAUAACUGCACUGCAUAUGGCGAGUUUUUGUUCACUUUAAAAUAUAAUAUACAAUUACUAUUCAUAGUGUCCUGUCUGUCUGUGAUUUUAAUCCUGCAAAAAAAGAAAAAAGACAAGAAUUUUCCUCAUCUCGUAUUAUUGUUGGAGGAACUACUUGCAAAAGGUUUUCCAUUACCAUCAAGUGAAGUUUAUUGAAUUUACAAAAAAUCCUCAUCACUCAUCAAAGAGAAAUGGAGAGCCCUUGUGAAUCUGAAAGCUCAUUGGAUGGCGGAAGCAUGCUACCACCAAGCCCGGUCUCUCGGGAACAAUUGCAGAAACGAAUCGAAAGUUUAACCCAACAAAAUAAAGUGUUGAAAGCUGAGCUUGAUACAUUUAAAAUUCGUGUUAAGGUUGUGCAAGAAGAAAAUCGGACUCUUAAACAAGCAUCUGUUAUAAUUCAAGCAAAAGCCGAACAAGAAGAAGAAUACAUCUCGAACACACUUCUUAAAAAAAUCCAAGCUCUCAAGAAGGAAAAAGAAACUCUAGCUCAUCACUAUGAACGAGAAGAAGAAUGUCUUACAAAUGACUUGUCUCGCAAGUUAGACCAGCUUCGGCAAGAAAAAUGCAAACUAGAACAAACACUUGAACAAGAGCAAGAAUGCCUUGUCAAUAAGCUAAUGCGUAAAAUAGAAAAGCUUGAAGCUGAAACGCUUAGCAAACAAACAAACCUAGAACAAUUGCGCCGUGAAAUGGUUGAAUUGGAAAAUACCCUCGAACAGGAGCAGGAAGCUCUUGUAAAUAAGCUCUGGAAGCGAAUGGAUAAAUUGGAGACGGAAAAACGUUCCUUACAAAUUAAAUUGGAUCAGCCAGUAUCUGAUCCGACAACUCCACGAGAUAUCACUAAUUCAAAUGGAGAUACUGCCAGCAAUUUAAGUGCUCACAUUCAGACAUUGCGUUCUGAAGUUUUAAGACUACGCGCCAAUUUGUCAGCAGCGCAAAAAGAGACUAAUAAAAAAAUGCAACAAUUUGCUCAGGAAGAGAAGAGCAUUCGGGAGGAAAAUUUGCGAUUGCAGCGAAAACUGCAGCUUGAAGUUGAACGACGGGAGGCUCUUUGUAGACAUUUAUCCGAGUCGGAGUCGUCGCUCGAAAUGGACGAAGAACGUUUCUACAAUGAGAAUAUUCUUGUUAGCUAUGGAGGGGGUGGAAGUGGAUCGGGUUCUGGUAGUGGAAACGGAAUGGGCAGUGGAGGAGGAGGCGCCUCAUCACAUCGUCAGCGCACAAUUAGCAGUCCAGUGCCACAUAGUCCAUCGAAUAGUCGUCCAUUGAGUCCAGGCACAGCUGCUCAGCAAAAUCGUUGUUAUGCUUGUGGCCAAAUGAUGAAUCGACGUACAAGUGAGCGGUUUGUUAAGCCGGCUUUGCCCACGCCACUAUUCGGGCUCAACACUUCAGCGCCAAAUGUGCUAACCAAUCAUCCGCUACUUGUCAGUGGUUCAUCUCAAACAUUCUCAGGAACAACAGGAGCAGGUUCUUCUCUUAGUAGUAGCAUGCUUUCAAAUUUGAAUAAUAGCGGUGGCCUGGGAGAACGGCAAAAUACCGCAAGCACUCUCAACAAUUCAAAUGUAUCCAAUCCGAUGAAUAUAAGCCUAAAUAAUUCGUCCAGUAGUUCUUCUAGCAGCAUUAUGAAUACAAGCAACUCUUCGCUAUCAGCGUUCCCAUCAAAUAUAGGUAACACAUCGACUUCUUUUGCUCAGCCAGCUAGUCCAAUGGACACAACCGUUUACAAGGAAUAAUAAAUAUAAAAAUCGUAUUGUCUUCUUAACUACAACACUAAACAAAACAAAACAAAGCAAAACAAUAUAAAAAUACAUAUAUUUCAAUUUCUUAAACAAUUUAAACAAAAACAAAAAAAAAAGAAGCAAAUAAAAAAUAAUAAUGUGAGCAUAAAACGCAUUCGCGAACCUAUUAUCCAUACUACUACACACCAACACAUAUAAAUAAAUCGAUAAACACGAAUUAAGAUGUGAGAUAUAUACGAAAAGAUUUAAAAUGCUUUUGGCUUGAAAAAUUAAAAGAGUUAAAAUAUGAAUGUAACUACAUUAUUUCAAAAAUAAAUUUAAUAAAAAUAAAACAUACACGUGAUCGCUGAACCUUGUGACAUAGUAGAUAGCAAGUAAAUCAUUUCUAAUUUAUACAGACAUGGCUGUACAAUUAAAAAAAAAAAAAAAGAAUUAAAAAACAAAUUACAUAUUUAAACAAAAUUAUCUAAUAAUAAUAAAAGUAAUAAUUACGGAAAUUAAAAU